UAAAGAUAUUUUUGAUGAGUCGACUUCUGUCAUUCCCACAUCCGCCGCGUUGAAUAAAACGAAUAAAGUAGACCUUUUGGCAACAUUUUGUGUAACUUAUUAAAACACUGGGAUUAUUGUUUAGUUCCUAUGGUAUACCUAAAUUAUGUUAUUUAGUUAACUAAUCAUUCAAUGUUGAAGAAACUGCGGGCAAAGCAAUAUAAAAAAUGGCAGUGAACGUAUAUUCAACUAAUGUUACCUCUGAAAAUCUAUCACGGCAUGAUAUGUUGGCGUGGGUCAACGACUGCUUACAAUCAAAUUUUGCUAAAAUUGAAGAACUAUGCACGGGCGCUGCCUAUUGUCAGUUCAUGGACAUGCUGUUCCCUGGUAGUGUACCCAUCAAAAGGAUCAAAUUUAAAACUAACUUGGAACAUGAAUAUAUACAGAACUUUAAAAUAUUACAGGCUGCAUUCAAAAAAAUGGGUGUUGACAAGAUAGUACCCAUUGACAAACUGGUAAAGGGUAGAUUUCAAGACAACUUUGAAUUCUUGCAAUGGUUCAAGAAAUUUUUCGAUGCUAAUUACGGCGGCAUGGAGUAUGACGCUGUGGCGCAGCGCGAGGGCCUUCCCAUGGGGCACGGGGGCGCCGCGGCGCCUCGCGCCUCCGCCGUCAAGAAACCGGCGGCGCCCGUCGCGAAAGUCGCCGCUAGACCCCAAACCAGUAUUGGCAAGACCAACAGUACAGUGCGGUCGCCGCCUGUCAAUCUGGCAAGAAUGAAUAAUUCAAAAGGAGAUUCCAGAGCCAUUGAUGAUUUGAACAUCCAGCUCAAUGAAUUAAAAGCAACCGUUGAGGGACUGGAGAAGGAACGAGAUUUCUAUUUUGGUAAGCUUCGAGACAUAGAAGUUAUCUGUCAAGAGAUGGAAGAACAACAAACUGCUCCCAUUAUAACGAAAAUUUUGGAUAUCCUAUAUGCAACUGAGGACGGUUUUGCACCUCCCGAGGAACUUGACGGUGACAACCCUCAUCCACCAGAAGAGGACGAAUACUGAACACUUCAUAAACAUAGUGCUCUUUGUAUAUUACACUCGAAAUUAUAUCGCUUUAUAAUAAACAGUAUCAAGUGCUUAGUAUUUCACAGCCAAUGAGUCGUAAGAUACAUAUUGUAUAGGCUAAAUAAAUAUGGAGACAGUGGCCCGAAAAUUUAAACACUCAUACUGAAGUUCCUAUAAAUGGUAUCUCUUUACCGAACCUUAUUUAUAUCGUAAAUUCUUAUAUAUUAAAAUAAUUGAUUUCAUAAUACUUUUUUCUUAGCUUUUCAACAAAU